AUGGCUGCCUCCCCAUCUCAGAUUUUCUCAGGGCCCGAAUUCAUCCAAAAGCGUCGCUUGCGCUUGGCCCGCGUCCGGCGCGCAAUCGACUUCAAAGCCAAGCAAGACGAGCCCGAAAGGGUAUCGAAACCUUGUGCGCUAGCACCGGCGCUCAAGGGCGCCGAAAAGAGCCCAGCUUUGCUCGAUAACGCUGUCAGCCUCAGUGGGAUCAACCCUCCCUCGCCCGAGGAUACGCCCAGUCCGUAUCCUCAGCUGCCUCGCAGCUCUACUUCUCCUACCAGCGCGCCUCUCCCUCCACCCCUUCGUCGUCCUCGCUCCCGGCCUCUGGAACCAUCUCCCUUCCGGCCGCUUCCUCCACCAUCACCGGCUCUCUUCCGUCCCAUUGUGCUCAACUUACUCCCAGACCUUCCACCGGAGCUCAGGGACAUCCAGCUAGACGAAUACAUGACCCGAGAUGAGGAAUGA